AUGUCACAUUCGUCAGAGGAAAAUGUUGGAGAAUUUAAGUGGGGUAAUAAGAGGGAAGUUGGUGGGGAGAAUAAGGACGUGCGGUACUAUGAAUCAUUUGUUUUCGAAAAUAAGGAGUACUUUCUACAUGAUUGUGCAUUCUUUCAUCCUACAGGGCUUGUUGAGACUUCUAUCGGCAAGAUUGUGAACUUGUUUGAGACGUCAACUUGUCAAAAGAUGGCCAGAGUUAUCUGGUUUCUUCGUCCUGCUGAGAUUCGGAAGUUCUUUGGAGAUUAUAAGCCAUGUUGGAAUGAGUUGUUUUUGGCAUCUGGUGGGGGCAAAGCUGUUUCCAAUGACUUUCCUCUGGAAGCAAUUCUUGGAAAUUGCAGUAUUGUUUGCACUUCAAAGGACAAGAGAAAUCCUGAGCCAUCUGAAACGGAAUUAAAGAUGGCAAACUACUUUUUCAGUUAUACUUUUGAUGUUGACAGGCGUGUAAUCAGUGAUAAAUUUCCUGAUGUGAUUGGUGGAGUUAAAGUGGAGCUGUUCUUUAACAGGGAGAGGGAUAUAAAACCCAGUACCCAUCUGCAUGUUGGGACAAAUAUAAGACCUAAAAUUGAGAUUAAGAAUAAGAAUGAUCCUUCGACUAUCUUGCACUGUCAAGUUAAUGAUAAAGCUGAAGUGAGGACUUCUGAGAAUGUGUUGCCAAAGGGAUCAUCGCAUUCUUUUCCAUAUAAAAAGAGGAAGAUCGUAGAGGAGAAGUCAACCAUUGGUCAAAGUAGCAAAACCCUUAAGGAAGAGGAAACUGAUGAGAAGAAGCUACAAGUCAGUCAGGAUAAAAGAGUCAAAACAUACAAAAAUGUUAUUGUCGUGACCGAAAGACCAAAUGCACCUUGGGAUGACAGACUACAGAAAGCUCAAGAGUUGGAUUCCCUGAUUUUACUGAAUAAUCUGGAUCCAUCCUAUACGUCACAUGAAGUAGAGAAUCUUGUAUGGCAUGCUCUCAAUGAGCAGGUUGAGGCAAGGAUGAUAGAAAGGAGCCUGACUUCCAAUACAUACUGUGGUAGAGCAUUGGUUAUUUUUAAAACAAAAAAAGCAGCUGAAUCUGCAAUAUCUGAGUUGAACAAGAGAUGCCUUAUUCUUGGAGGAGGGAGGAUUGUAUGUGCCACAAAGGAAACUUUAAGUGAACCAGUCAAGAGAGGAAAAUUCACAGGCCAUUUGGUCUUUGACAGAACUGCACUUCAUAAGCAACGCCAGGAGAUUAGAAAUGCAGUAUCAACAUCACAUUGUUCCCAGCCCAACACAAUUGAGUACGAGAUGGCCACUGAAUGGCUACUGCAAUAUCUGAAAUCCAAUUAUCAGUGGAAUGCGCUGUAUAAGAAACAAAUGAAGGAGAUACAAGAUGUAAAGAGUAAACUUAAAAUGGACAGAAUUUUUUGUGCCGACAGUUAA